UUAUCCUAACAUUUAUAUUUCGUUGUCACCCCCUUCAUCUCUCCCUCUCUCAGAUAUCCUUCUCUCUCUAAAACCCAAUCUCCAUUUUUCUUAGCAUUCACUUUUCUUCUCCGAACAAAAAUGGACACUGCCAUUAUUCCUACUACAGCUAAUACAGCGAAUUGUAUUGCUGCUGCUGCAGCAGUUCAACAUGUAACCAAGAAAUCAUCCGAUGAGUUGCUAAGAAAAUUUGCUGAAACGAGCGAUGAAGAAGACGAAGCUAAUAAGAAACUGUCGAAAAGGCGAAAAACAAGAAAGAAAUCCGCAUUAUUAUCAUGCGAGAGUCCGAAUUGUUAUAGUACAAUUACAAGUAGUAGUGCAGUUUUAGUAGAGAGACGGUCUCUUCUUCCGGUACCGGUGGUUUCAAGAAAGUGUAGAGCAAUUGGGAUUGCUAGGUCAUCUCAGCUCAGAGCCAGAGAUCUCAAGAAUAAGUCUAUUCUUGUUGCCAUUCAUAAGACAUGGCGUAGGACAUUAGAAGGAGCUUCAAAAUUACUUUUGGAGAAGCAUUACAAUCGACAUAGGCGUUUAAUUAAUGACGUUCUUUAGUUAAUUUUCUUUUUAAUUUGAUCCAUAUUUCAUUAAUUUAUUUACACAUUCAACUGUUAAGUUUUCAUUUUAAUAGGGUUUAUUGUUACUCUUGUAUUACAAGAAACCGAAUAAAUUGUAAUGCUUUAUUAUUUGAUUCAUCUUCUUUGUAAAUCA